AUGUCUGUUCAAUCAGAAAAUGGAAAAAUUACAAUUUGGAUUGAAAGUGGUGAUAAAAAGGCAGAAAUUUACGCUAAAACAGCAUGUUGUGAUACUAAUAGUACGUUAGAUGGAAGUAUUACAGUUGCUAAUGAGCUAUCGCUUUAUGCUGGAAAUAAAAGUCUUCCAUUAAUUACGGCAUUUUUUAAAAGUUUUAAUGUUCAAAAUGUUAAUGACAGUAAUUAUGUACGAAAAAAGGCAAAUCUUGGUACCAUUUUGGGUGUAUAUUUACCAACCAUACAGCACAUUUUUGGUGCAAUUAUGUUCCUACGACUAUUUUGGAUUGUUGGUAUUAUGGGUAUUGGCCAAUGCAUUACAAUGACAUUUCUAUGCAUGUUUUGUACCUUUUUAACAUCGAUCAGUUUGAGUGCUGUUGCAACCAAUGGUGUUAUUGAAACCGGUGGUACCUAUUAUAUGAUUUCACGAAAUUUGGGACCUGAAUUUGGUACCGCUGUUGGUAUAUUAUUUUAUUUGGGUAAUGCAUGUGCAUGCGCUAUGUAUAUUGUUGCAGCAGUUGAAGUAUUUCUUCUAUAUAUAGCACCAAAUAUGACAAUUGGUGGUCAAGAGAUACACGAUGAUACUGGUUUAAUUGGAAUGAUGUCAAAUAAUUAUCGUUUUUAUGGUACCAUCAUUUUAUUAUUAAUAUUUGCUGUUGUUGCACUUGGCGUUCGAUUUGUACAAUUCUUUGCACCGAUUUCUCUAGUCUGUGUGCUACUCUCGAUAGCAGCUAUCUUUGCUGGUGUCAUCGAGAAAAGUGUCACAUCUAGCAAUCAUCGAGUGUGCUAUCUAAAUAAUCGUUUAUUACAUGCAAAUGCAUAUACAUCAAUUCAAAGUAUCACAAAUAAUAAUAAUAACAAUAAUCUUUGCUCUUAUUGUAAUUUUAAUAAUUCAAAACUUUUUGAUGCAAUUUGUCGCAAUAAUAAUAAUAAUUUCUCGUCGCUAAAUUCAUGCGACAAUUAUACGUUAACAUGCGAAAAAGUUUUUGUUGGUAUACAAAGUGGUGCUUUUCUUGAAAAUUUUGGUAGUCAUUAUAUGAAGGAAGGUGAAGUAGCACCAAAACAAUAUGUCAAUAACAAAAAAUUGGAAAUUUUUCAAGAUGUGACAACAACAUUUUUUGUCGUUAUGGCAAUUUAUUUUCCAAGUGUUACUGGUAUUAUGACAGGUGCAAAUAUGAGUGGUGAUUUAAAAGAUCCACAAAAAAGUAUACCUCAGGGAACAAUUGCUGCACAAUUAACAACAUCAACAAUAUACUUUUUCCUUAUCUUAGCUUUUGGUUCAACAAUUUCAGGCCCAGUUUUACGUGACAAAUAUGGCCAAAGUAUGAUUGGUUCUGGCAUGAUAGUAGCUGAAUUAGCUUGGCCAUCAUCAUGGAUUAUUAUGAUUGGUGCAUUUACAUCAUGUUUUGGUGCUGCACUACAAUGUCUUUGCAGUGCUCCACGUUUAUUACAAUCAAUAGCAAAAGAUGAUGUUUUACCAUUUUUGCGAUCAUUUCAAGUGCUAACACAAUGGAAUGAACCAUUUCGAUGUUUAAUUUUAACAGUGUUAAUAGCAGAAUUGAUCAUAUUAGUGGCGGCAUUAGAUCGAAUUGCGCCAAUUGUUGAUUUUUUCUUUUUAAUGUGUUAUGCAUUCAUUAAUCUUGCAUGCUUUUUGCAUUCCAUUCUUGGUGCACCAAAUUGGCGACCUCGUUUCAAAUGCUAUCAUUGGACAUUAUCAUUACUUGGAACAUUAUUAUGCUUAUUUAUAAUGUUUUCAACUCAUUGGAUUUAUGCUCUGAUUGUCACAUUACUUUGUGGUAUGAUCUAUAAGUAUGUGUCAUGGAAAGGUGAUAAGAAAGAAUGGGGUGAUGGUAUGACAGGACUUAUACUUAGUACAGCUCAAUUUUCACUUUCAAAAUUAGAUGAUAAACAACCACAUCCAAAAAAUUGGCGACCACAAUUACUGUUAAUUGCAAAUUUACCGCUAGCUGAAAAUUGGCGACAAAAUGAAACCACCCGAAAAUUACUUAGUCUUGCAAGUCAACUUAAAAAAGGUCGUGGUUUAACUGUUGCUGUAGCAUUGCAUAAAGGUCAAUCUACUAAUAAAAAUGCUAAGAUAAUUGCGGCACAAAUGAAAAAAGAGCUACUGGAAGAGAUGACAAAUGCAAAAGUUCAUGGCUUCUGCUCAUCACUUAUAUAUGAAGCGGAUCAAUUGGAAGGUACAUUAUCAACUCUUAUACAAAGUUGUGGUAUUGGACCAUUACGUCCAAAUACUUUGCUAAUUCCGUAUCCGGAAGAAUUGCAUGCGGAAAGUGUUUAUUGGCAUUUCUUACAUCGUCUUCAACAUGGUGCAAUGCAAGAUAUGUGCUUACUUGUAUUAAAAGGUAUUCCAUAUUUUCCGGAAAAUGAAUACAGAAUGGCUGGAAAUAUUGACAUGUGGUGGAUCCUUCAUGAUGGUGGCUUAUUACUUCUUAUUUCAUUUUUACUCAAACAACAUAAGGUUUGGCGCAAUUGUCACCUAAGAAUAUUUGUUGUUGUUGGACAUGAUGAUAAUAAAUCACAAUUACGACAUGACAUGGAGAAAUUUUUAUACGAAAUGCGCAUCAAUGCUAAUUUAUAUGCAUGUUUUUAA